UGCCGAAGCCAUGAUGCCAACCAAGUUCGACCAGAACGACCCCGAGCCCGUCUUCGAGGAGGAGCUCGAGACCGUCGAGACAAACACCUCCACCACCUCCACCACCUCGGCUUCCUCCGCCAAGGCCUAGUCUUGCGGCUAUGGAACCACACUUUCUUCGGCGUAUAUUCGGGGCUUCUGAUCAUUUGAUUUCCUUUUUCAUUUCCUUUUUCCUUUUCCUUUUCCUUGUUUUCCUUUGUCCUUUUUCCUUGGGGUCUCACGGUGCGGCACGGUUCUGUUCGGUCACAGUCAUGCUUUCCUUCCUUUCCUUCUUUCUGUUUUACCAAGUUUCUUUCCUUUUUGUCCGGCGGAAAUGGGAAGACGUGAUGGUUUGCUCCACUUACUGCAAGGUGGGCAUCAUCGACAUAGCGUCUUCCGCGUUGGCAAAGGUUUGAUUGAAGGGUUGAGAGAUUGAGGAUGGUUCGUUUCUG